GUAGCGACCCCACGGAACGGGGCUUUCGGGGCUUCCGGAAUAAGCAUGCACCCCGAGACCUCGGAGCCUGUGGUGGACGGGCCGGCGGAGCAGGGCUGCGCGCAGGAGCCGGGCGUGGAGGAGUCGGCGGGCGACCACGGGGACGCAGACCUGGGGGGCCUCAAGGAAGCAGUUGAUGAUCCUAAGGAAACACGUGUGGGUCCUUCUGACCUACGCUACCCAAGCGAGCAGAAACAGAGUGGCGAUAGCGGGGCAGACGGUCACUUAGGACACCAGACAGAUGACAAGGGAGACCACGGCCCCAGAAUGACUAAACGUUUUAUACAGAAACUCUGCAAGCAACACCAACUUUAUAUUACCCCAGCAUUGAACGACACGCUGUAUUUACACUUUAAAGGUUUCGAUCGCAUCGAGAACCUGGAAGAGUACACGGGGCUGCGUUGCCUCUGGCUGGAGUGCAACGGGAUACAGAGAAUCGAGAAUCUGGAGGCCCAAACCGAAUUGCGAUGUCUCUUCCUGCAAGUGAACUUGCUUCAUAAAAUCGAGAACUUAGAGCCUCUGCAGAAGCUGGAUGCCCUCAACCUGAGCAACAAUUUCAUCAAGACCAUUGAAAACCUCUCCUGCCUGCCGGUCCUGAACACGCUCCAGAUGGCCCACAAUCACUUAGAGACCGUGGAAGACAUUCAGCAUCUAAAGGAGUGUUUGAAACUUUGCGUCCUCGACCUUUCCCACAAUAAGCUGAGUGACCCCGAAAUCCUGAGCGUCCUGGAGAGCAUGCCUGCCUUGCGUGUACUGAAUUUGAUGGGAAACCCCGUUAUCAAGCACAUCGCUAACUAUCGAAAGACAGUCACCGUACGACUAAAACAUCUAACCUAUCUGGAUGACAGACCAGUUUUCCCAAAGGACAGAGCUUGUGCCGAGGCCUGGGCCAGGGGCGGGCUCGCAGCUGAGAAAGAAGAGAGAGAGCAGUGGGAGAGCAGAGAGCGGAAGAAGAUCACGGACAGCAUCGAAGCCCUAGCAAUGAUUAAGCGGCGGGCAGAGGAGAGAAAACUGCAGAAAGCCAGCCAGGAGGAAGGGAAGGAGCCGGUGCUAGACGAGAAGGACAACGUGGAUGCCACCGAGGAAGGGAAGGAAGAGCCUGGUGAGGAGGGAGGGCGGCGGCAGAAAAUGGAGCUGUUUGUCAGGGAAAGCUUCAAGGCCAAGGAUGAGCUAUUCCCGGAAAAGUCGGGUCUCGUGGGGGAGCUGCCCGUGGACGUCACCGGAGCCACUGAAGGCCAGGGGCCAGGGGGGGCACCCCUGGAGGAGACCCUGAAGCCGGCCGCCCCCGGAGCUGCCUGCGGAGACUCGCCCCCCCAGACUGCGGCCACCGAGGGUGCGUUAGGCACGGGACUUGAUGGAGAGGAAGACUUGGGAACCACCAAAUCGGAGGCAAAGGAGAAGCUCUUCAUCGAUGACCUGCCCGACUUGGAGGACGAGGACGCCGGCGAGCCUCUGGACGGCCAGGACGAGGCGUGCGCUCCAAAGGUUACAGCCAUCUCGAACUCGAGUGAUGACAGUGACCCUGAGCUGGACUACUCCUCACUCCCAGAGCUGGAAAACAUCCCAGAUACCCUUUCAAACAUAUUCGCAAUCCCCAAGGACACCUCGAGGAAGGCUGAGACGCCCUUUACAGGCAUAUUGAAAGCGGCAACAGCAAAGAGGGUCUUGGAAACCCCAAGUCUUAGGGACGCUAAGUCCCCACGCCCACUGAUUCAAGAGCUCCACGACGAGGGACCUUCAGGCCAACCACCGACGCCCCCAACCUGCCGAAGGGACACCGCACCGCCCCCUUCCAGUGAGGACGGGGACAGCGGACUACUCUCAGCCUCUCCCCCAGGAAACAUCGCCGAGAAGAACGGGCCAUGGUUGGAGACGGAGCUCGCAGAGCCCGAGGCGGGAGGCCGCGAGGACACUGAAUUUGGCUCGGACUGA